AUGAAAAGUUGGAAAAUUGAGACCAGUGGUGUUCUCAGUUUAGACGGUCCUGUUCUCGUCCAGGAUUUGCUUCUUCUUUAUAAAGGAAACACAGUAGCAUGGCAUAAUUUGUUGUUUGCUGUACGUAACUAUCCAGAGCCACUUUCAUUUAACAGCGUCGACCUGCUUCAGCUUCAGAAAAAAAAGGGUUUAAAAACUGAGUGCCACAGAAUCAGAAGCCAUCUGAUUGAUACAUUCUGGAGCAGUGCAGGCACUUCGGAUAGCGCUCCUGAAAAGAUUCUACAGAUAUCACGGACAGUCAAUCAAAAGCUUAUACAUGGACCUUCCGCGGCCGUUACUGGACCAAAAUGGCUUCUCUUUCCCAGAGAGCUUAAGCCAGUCCCCAUCGGAGUAGUGUAG